AUGGCUGGCCAUGGCUGCAGGCAGCAGAGAGCAGUCAGCCACAUAGCGGUCCAGCGCCACUCGCACAGGUGACUGACUGACUGAUUGAGUGACAGCAACGCAUACGCAUAUCCAAACACAACAUCUGCUUGUGUGGCUCACCGAUAUACAGCGGGUUAGGCAACAUCUUGCAGUCCGAGGCCGUCAGGGGUGCUCUGCCACAGGUUGGCUGGCGCAACCAGCCACUGGGUGGGUAUUGAUGUGCUCUGGGUGUGCCUGCAGCACCAGAACAACCCACAAAAGCCCCCUCUUGGAUUGUAUGCAGAACAGAUAUCCGGCACAGGUGGGUGGGAUCACCAACUCCCUCGUCACUGAGGGCCCCGCGGACAAUGAAUGUUGUGUUUUGCUUUGCCAUUCCUCUUUACACCUUGAUUGCUGGGCCCCUCACCGGCAAGCAGCCUUCACAGGUGGGAGGAGAAGACGCUUCACUGAACGUUUUGAUUUCCUCUCAUCCUGUGUCGUGUCAGUGCCUCGCUCGCAGAAUAAGUGGGCCUGGUUCUAUCGACGUCAACCAAGCGUGCAGCACGGACCAGUUCGGUAAACGAUAACACAGUCCGGGGGGUAAGAAUUGUCACUCCGGCCGUGUCACCCGUGUGUGAGCUGACUGGCUCUCCCUCUUGGUGUUUCUGUGCGUGCCUGCCUUAGGUACACGCUCUACAAACGUGAUGGCGAGAGCGAUAACCCGCCUUUGGUGUUUCCCAUUCAGCUCCGCUGGUCCAUCAUUAAUUACCUCAACAGCUGAUGCACAAAUGGUUCAAACUGCGCUAAGCAUUCGUGAUCGCGUAUCGUAGGUCUCCCAUCCCAAUACCGGACGAGGGAGUGGACUUCGUCGAUGGAUUGCGGGCUGUCGCAAGGAGCGGCACGGGUGCAACAGCUUGCAUCUACACCGUCAACAAGGUAAGUCACGUGUCCGGGCAAGACACGUGGCACAUCCGCGUUUUUUGUGCCUUGUCUGGUUGCAGUCUAUGUCCACCGAGCGUCGCUUCUACACCGACACCGACUCCGAGCUCCUUCUGGUCCCACAGGGAGGUCAGCCGCUCAGGACACUUGGGAGGCCGACACUGUGUCUGUCGGUUUCCAUACAGGUCGCCUUCUGAUUCGGACGGAGUUCGGGGAGUUGCAUGUCGGACGGCUGGAGAUAUGCGUCAUACCACGGUAGGAGACAGCAGACGCUGGCCGGACCUCCCAUGCUUGUUCCCUUCUUUGCAGGGGUGUCAAAUUCCAGGUGGAUCUCAUUGAUGCUACUGCCAGAGGCUAUGGUAUCAAAAGUGCAGCCAAGAGUGCAACGUAUGCUCCCCGAAUGUAUACACAGCCCUCGAGAACCAUGGGACACAGCUUCAGUUGCCUGAGUUGGGAGUCAUUGGAGCGUCGUCAGGGCUUGCCGCGGCAAGGUGAAGAGACAGAAGUCACUGUCGCGCAAGAAGGACAAGCAGCUCCCCCCGCCCAUCUUCUGUCCAGGCACUUCAUAGCCCCGUUGGCACAGUACGAUGAGACGAUCAAUGAGCCCUGCACGCUCAUCACUCGCUUCCAGGUUGGCCAACAGAUGCACCACAUGGAGACUACAGCUGCUUGGUCCGGAGACAUGAUUGUUGUGAUUGUUGUUCCCUGUCAUAGGGCGCGACGUACAUCGGCGAAGCCCGAACAUCCCCCUUUGACGUUGUCGCGUGGUUCGGAAGUCUGUGGCCUUACAAGUACGACCUACGCUCCUUCACAUGCAUCAAGUGGGUCAGCAUGUUAUGUGUAAUGAAUGUUAUGUGUACCGGUAACGAUCUCUACUUUCGUCUCGUUGGUUCAGUUCAGUCACGCACGACCAUCCGGACCCUGUAGGUGCUCGAAUAGCACGUGUGGUGAUAGUGAAUGACCGUACAGCUUGUGUCUAUCCAUGUGCGUGUAGUCCAUCUACACAGGUGAGAAAGGGCUAGGAUACGUCGUCAACGUCCACAUGUGUAUGCGGUGUCAGUGCUGA